AGGGAGAGGGAGGGCUCUGAUCACAUGAGAGGCUUCGUGUCCCCCUGGAGGCUCUCAGCUCGGUCUGGAUCUGUUUGGCACCGGGGGAUGGCUUUGCCCCUUUGCUCCCUGUGCGGGGCUUCCCGACGGUGCCCGAGGCUGUUGGCUGCUGUGGCUGUGGCUGUGACAGUGCUCUGCGUUUGCAGCUCCGGCUCCGCGUCUCCCAGCGCAGCCCAUCAUGGCUUUACGCGGAAGACAGAGAAGUCGAACGUGCUCCUCAUCGUUGCCGACGAUCUCCGUACAACUCUGGGAUGUUACGGAGAUCAGAUAGUGAAAUCGCCAAACAUUGACCAGCUUGCCUCCAGGAGUGCUCUUUUCAAAAACGCAUUUGCCCAACAAGCUCUAUGCGGACCCAGCAGGACAUCAUUUUUAACCAGCCGACGGCCUGACACAACUAGACUCUUUGACCAUGGGUCUUACUGGAGGGUCCAUGCUGGGAACUACACCACACUUCCUCAGUACUUCAAGGAGAAUGGUUACUUAACCAUGUCUGUAGGAAAAAUCUUUCAUCCAGGGAUUGUGUCCAAUCACACUGAUGAUUAUCCUUACAGCUGGUCUAUUCGACCAUUUCAUCCUUCAACGGAGAAAUAUAAAGGGGCUAAGGUCUGCAAAGGCCCCGAUGGUGAAAAACAUGCUAACUUGGUUUGUCCAGUUAACGUUGAGGAAAUGCCAGAAAAGACACUGCCUGAUAUACAAAGUACUGAAGAGGCAAUUAAGUUAAUGAAGAGCGUGAACAAUACCAAACAACCCUUCUUUUUGGCUGUUGGCUACCAUAAACCACACAUUCCACUGAAAUAUCCUCAGGAAUUUUUGAAAUUGUAUCCACGGGAAGAAAUUCCUCUCGCACCUGAUCCCAAAAUACCACCAAAACUCCCCCCAGUGGCAUAUAACCCGUGGACUGAUCUAAGAAAAAGAGAUGAUGUGCAGGCACUAAAUUUAAGUUUUCCAUAUGGACCCAUUCCCAAUGACUUUCAGGUACUUAUUCGCCAAAGCUACUUCGCUGCUGUCACCUACAUCGAUGUGCAAAUUGGCAAACUACUCUCUGCUCUGGAUGAACUGGGUUUAGCAAAUGAUACAAUUGUCGUGUUUACUUCUGACCAUGGUUGGUCACUGGGAGAACAUGGAGAAUGGGCUAAAUACAGCAACUUUGAUGUAGCCACCCGUGUACCUUUGCUGUUCUAUGUGCCAGGCUUGACUUCUCCCUUUGCUCUUCCCGGAGAGAGGAUAUUUCCAUUUAUUAAUCCCUUUGAUAGCAGAGAAUGGAAGCCAUCUGGAGAAUUAACACGUGAAGAUAAUGUGGAAUUAAUGGAUCUGUUCCCAACCCUCUGCGAGGUAGUCGGGUUCUCUCUUCCACCAAUCUGUCCUGAAACGUCUUUUGACGUUGAGCUGUGCACCGAGGGGCAAAGUAUUGCCUACUAUUUAAACUACAGCGUGUUGUAUGUUGAUCAUGAAGCAGUUGCCUACAGCCAAUACCCACGUCCUGCGGAUACACCUCAGUGGAACUCUGACCUCCCUGACCUGAAGGACAUUCAAGUCAUGGGAUACUCUAUCCGUUCUGAUGACUACAGGUACACAGUGUGGGUUAGGUAUAAUCCAUCCACCUUUACUGCUAACCUCAGUGAUAUUCAUGCAGGUGAACUGUAUCUUUACAAACUUGAUCCAGAUCAGGAUCAUAACUUGUAUUACGAUGCUCAGUAUGCUGAUGUUGUCAGAACAUUUUCAACUUUUCUCAAACCUUGAUUGUUUCAUUUUCACGAGAAUUUAAGACAGGAUGAUUUGCACUGAUUUUAAGGUCACUAAUUCAUUUAAGACUGAUGUAAUACAGAGAUGUAGGGAUGCCUAACCUUUGUCCAUUUCUUUUUGUUAAAAAAAAAGGAACUGAGGUAAGCCUUAAGCAUGGGUUUCUACAUGUGUCAGUCACUGCUAACCCCCGAAACAUGUUGCUGGUUUUUGUAUGUGUAAUUAUUAACUAGCUGUAAUGCGACUAAUCUAUACCAUUUCUAAAUGGACUUUUGAUUUCACUUUAUGGUUUCGGACUCAACUAACUGGAACCUUUUAAAUCUCAGCUGAUGUUCAGACAAAUUAUCAGACUGCACAAAAAGACUAAUCUUAGCUUUCAGUCUGACCCCUGCUGGAGAAUGAAAAAAGUAAACGCUAAAUAAUGAAUUGAAAUCCCAAACUCUGUUCGUCCAGCACCUUGGGACGUCCUCCCGACAUGAAAGGCGCAAUACAAAUGUCAUUCUGUUGUUGUUGUUAAAUAACAAAUUGUAUGUAGUGUAUAGUUCUUUUAAAAUUGAAAAAUGUUGCAUUUCUUUUAAAAUGUUUUGUCUUAAUUUUAGGUUGCAAACAUUUGAAACGAUUAAGUAUAUAUUUUCUGCAGUUUGUUAAAUAAACCCGAGAACAUCUGGUGU